GACGGAGGCAUAACAGGAAGUGUGAGGACCCCACCCAGGAUGGAUAGGUGACAUGUGGUGAGGGAAUCGUAAAUUUUGGUGGUGAUGGGAAUGAGCGAGACAGCAAGGGGCUCGCUAAGUUCCGGUGCGGGCUGGGCCCUACAAGAAUUCCCAAAGACAAUCAGGGUCUGUGGAAAAUAUUCCUAUCUUUUCUGUGUUUGUGUAUUUUAAAGUAUGAGUUUACUGUGGAAGUGCAUUAUCCAGCUUGAAUAAAUAAGGGUAUAAAUAUUUAACUUUUUUUUUUUUUUUCUAUGAAGAAGAAGCCGUCUUGAAAAUGGAGAUGUAUGAAAGCCUUGGAAAAGUGGGAGAGGGAAGUUAUGGAACAGUCAUGAAGUGUAAACAUAAGGAAACUGGGCAGAUAGUGGCCAUUAAGAUAUUUUAUGAGAAACCAGAAAAAUCUGUCAACAAAAUUGCAACAAGGGAAAUAAAGUUUCUGAAGCAGUUUCAUCAUGAAAACCUGGUCAAUCUGAUUGAAGUUUUUAGACAGAAAAAGAAAAUUCAUUUGGUGUUUGAAUUUAUUGACCACACAGUAUUAGAUGAGUUACAACAUUAUUGUCAUGGACUAGAGAGUAAACGACUUAGAAAAUACCUCUUCCAGAUCCUUCGAGCAAUUGAGUAUCUUCACAAUAAUAAUAUCAUUCAUCGAGAUAUAAAACCUGAGAAUAUUUUAGUAUCCCAGUCAGGAAUUACUAAGCUCUGUGAUUUUGGUUUUGCACGAACGCUAGCAGCUCCUGGGGACAUUUAUACAGACUAUGUGGCCACACGCUGGUAUAGAGCUCCAGAAUUAGUAUUAAAAGAUACCUCUUAUGGAAAACCUGUGGAUAUCUGGGCUUUGGGCUGUAUGAUCAUUGAGAUGGCCACUGGAAAUCCCUAUCUUCCUAGCAGCUCUGAUUUGGAUCUACUUCAUAAAAUUGUUUUAAAAGUAGGCAAUUUGACACCUCACUUGCAGAAUAUCUUUUCCAAGAGUCCCAUUUUUGCUGAGGUGGUCCUGCCUCAAGUUCAACACCCCAAAAAUGCAAGGAAAAAAUACCCAAAGCUAAAUGGAUUGUUGGCAGAUAUAGUUCAUGCUUGUUUACAAAUUGAUCCUGCUGAGCGGAUAUCGUCUACUGAACUUUUGCAUCAUGAGUAUUUUACAAGAGAUGGAUUUAUUGAAAAAUUCAUACCAGAGCUGAGAGCUAAAUUACUACAAGAAGCAAAAGUCAACUCGUUCAUAAAGACAAAAGAGAAUUCUAAAGCAAAUGAACUUAUGAAAAAUGAAAGAAAAACAAUUUAUACCAAUACAUUGCUAAGUACUUCAGUUUUGGGAAAGGAAAUGGAAAAAGAGAAAAAGCCCAAGGAGAUCAAAGUUAGAGUUAUUAAAGUCAAAGGAGGAAAAGGAGAUAUCUUAGAACCGAAAAAGACGGAGUGUGAAGGUAGACAUUGUCAACAGGAUGCAAUUGAAAAUGCUCUUACCAUGUCUCAAGAUACAAAACCUGUAAUCAAUGAACCACCAAACCCUGUCAAUCCCAGCACUAACUCUAAUGGCAUGAAAGACAAUCCACAUGCUGCAGGUAGUGUGAUGAUGCCGCCCAUCAAUUUAACUAGCAGUAAUUUGAUGGCUUUAAAUCCCAAUUCAAAUCUCUCCCACUCCAAUUCAAGGUUAACUGAAAGAGCGAAAAAGAGACGUACUUCUUCACAGCCUAUUGGACAAGUUAUGUCUAAUAGCAGGCCAGAGGAUACAGGUCCCACUCAAAGUCGAAUGGAGAGGGGUGUAUUUAAUGAGCGAACGGGUCAAAGUGACCAAAUGGCAAAUGGAAACAAAAGGAAGCUGAAUUUUUCCAGGUCUGACAGGAAAGAAUUCCAUUUCCCAGAAUUACCUUUCACAACACAGUCUAAGGAGAUGAAAGCAAUGGAAGUUAAACAGAUAAAAGUGCUGAAGAGGGAAUCGAAGAAAGAUUCAUCUAAAAUACCAACUUUACUUAAUGUGGAUCAAAAUCAAGAAAAACAAGAGCUGAAGAAUUCUGGAUUAUCCUUCAAGAUGUAGCUCAAGCAUCAGCUUCUGCGGAAAUACUUCCCAGGCUACCCCAAGCAACAAGGCCAUCCCUCUUCUGUACAUGUUUAAUAAAUGAUGUGUUUAUCUGU